AUGGCGGUGCGUGCAGACGUCACGUUUGGGGGUCGAAUGAAAAUUGGGGGCUUACUCGGUGGCUGUGAAAGGAUAGACAGCGUAUAAUAUACAUGAGCUGUUAACACUAGAACGUAGCCGUUAAUAUCUAAUAUUAAAUAUGUAGUUUUCUACAAGUUUUCUACUUGUUAAAAUAAUAUUUAACAGAAGAAAGUACGAAUCAUUCUUCCAAGUGUCGUCAAUAUAAUAUGGAUAAAUCGUGUAAUUCAAUAGCUUUUAUUCGUCUAAUGAACUCCACGCAAAAUAACGACAGAGAUUAUACUUAUGAAGUUUGUUUGUUUUUUUUUCCCCAGCUAACAGACUGUGCCAACAUGGAAGAAGUACCUUACAACUGUACCAGCACAUAUAACGGCGGUGACCACACGUACAGCACCGGGGAAAUACAACAGCGGCGCCAGUCUUCCGAACACUCGUCACUCGUGAUUCAAGAACACCAUCAGUCGUCAAUCGAACUUUUCUCUAAGUACAUAGCCAGGUCGUUGGAGACGUUACCGCGGUCUUUGGCCGUACUAGCCCAAAAAGAAAUGCACGACAUACUGGUUGAUUACAAAAUAACGGCAUUCAACGAAAAAUAUUAA